AUGGACGACGCAGAACGCCGCAGCGCGAAGCGCUCUCGCUUUGACCAAACCGAGCCCGAACCCAAGAGAGUAUCACGCUUCGACCGCCGGUCUCGUUCUCCUCCUGCGAGGAAGCCGGACUCCGGUCGGGAUCGCGACCGCAGCCCUCUUUCGAAACCCCGUGAUAGCGCGACUCCCGAUUCCACAAAGCCAGCAGUUGACCCUGCUGCCGCCGCUGCUGCCGCUGCCGCACGAAUCCAAGCCCAGCUUCAGGCUCGCAAAGGAAUCCAACACGUCGAUGUCCCCCCCGUUCGAUCUGCCGGUACUAGAGAGGGCAGUGUCCCCGCGAACAUCAACGGAGAGAUGUACAUUUCCGAUGGAGACUUCAUCAAGGAUAUCGAGGUCAACGAUCUUCGCAACAGAUAUCUUCUGACAAAGGGCUCGACCCAGAAAAUGAUCAAAGAUGAGACUGGUGCCGAUGUCACCACUCGCGGUAGCUACUACCCAGACAAGAGCAUGUCUACACCCGCGAACCCCCCGCUGUAUUUGCAUGUCACGAGCACGACCAAGGAAGGUUUGGAAAAGGCCGUCGCCAAAAUCGAAGAAAUGAUGAAACAGGAACUUCCCCAACUCGUUGACGAACGUCGUUUCCGCCGCAGGGACCAGGAACAGGUCGAACGUGAUGAAUACGGUCGUCGCAAAUGGCCGGAAGAGAGAAUCCCCAUCAAUCUUGAACCCGUCCCAGGAUUCAACCUCCGCGCCCAGGUGGUUGGCCAUGGUGGCGCUUACGUCAAGCAUAUCCAGCAGGAGACUGGCUGCCGUGUCCAAAUCAAGGGCCGUGGCUCCGGUUACAUUGAGGCAUCAACAGGCCGCGAGAGCGACGACGACAUGUAUUUGCAUGUCGCUGGGCCCGAUCCCAAGAUGGUGGAGAAAGCCAAGGAGCUUUGCGAGGACCUGAUGGAGAACGUUAAGCAGCAGUAUGAAGAGUUCAAGAGCCGUCCGCCCCGCCAGUACAACGGUCCCAGGGAUUACCGUGAUCGGGAGCGGGAGCCCAGAGGUGGCGACUCUUACCAUGGGCGUGGCUACAACAACAACAACAGAGAUCACCAUCAUGGCGGGCACCACGACAACAGCCACCACAGCAGCUACAACAACUCGCCUGCUCCUGGUGGUGGCCCUUCGGUCGCGCCCCCUACUCCUACGGCUCCUGCCGCGGCCACGACGGAUUAUGCUGCCCAAUAUGCCCAAUACUACGGCGGCGCUGCCGCUGCUGAUCCUUAUGCUGCAGCUGGUGCGGCUGACCCAUAUGCCGCAUAUGGUGGCUAUCAAGCCUAUGUCCAACUUUAUCAACAGUGGUAUGCCGCUCAGGCUGGACAGGUAACUCCUGCUGCUGCGGCUACUGGUGUCCCCGGUGCCCCCGGUGCUUCGGCAUCUCCUCCACCUCCGCCUCCUACUGAAGCAGCCCCCCCUCCGCCCCCUCCCCCAUCGUCUGCUGCCCCUCCCCCACCUCCGCCUGGCGGUCCUCCCGGAAUGUCUGGUGGCUAUAACGCGGUCCCCCCGCCCCCUGGCCUCUAA